AUAACUCGAUGAUGACAUCAAAACAACUAUCCAUAACACAUUGAUAACCUGGUUUGCGUCAUAGAGUUUAUUAGCGGUAUUAGGAUAAGCAUUCGGGUUAGCGUACGAGAUACCAUACAAGUUAUCGUUCGCCAACGGAGAAUUCAUCAACUAUUGUCCGAAAAGUGGACAACGAAACGGUAGAGGAUAAAUAGGACGCUGAUGGGUUCUAACGGUUGAAAGAGAAUAAUGACUGCACAAGAAAAACAACGUCAAACAGAAGCUGGCGGCGGAGAGGCUGCGACGGUGCUAUAAGUCACGCGCCACACCCGGUCGAGCCAAUUGCGUUUGACAGAGUGUCAGAGUGAUCCUUUUCAAACUUUUCCCAGUGGGAGUGGACGCUGCGAACGCUGCUCUCGUCGACGUCGUCUUGUGCGCAUGCGUUUAUCGAUUAUUUUGGGCAUUCGAAGCAGCACACGCACGCAACCAUACACACAAAUGGAAAAUAAAAAAUCAUUUGGAGAAGUUGAAACUGAAUGUAUGGAAUAUGUGGCUGGGUAUAUAGCACAUCGUUUUAUUUCUAAAUAUCAUUACCUGAAAGACGAAGAUGAUAAUUCAGAGAAACAUAUUUCAUGGAUUAAACAUCUUUCAAAAGGAAAUCUUACAAUACCAUCAAAGACACUCGUAAAUGCUGCACAUGUUUUGGAGCCAAUAUGUUUAUAGAGCUUCAUGGUGAUGCUAUGUUAUUAGACAUGUCGACACUUGAAAAAGAAAUUAAUACACUCGAAAACGCGUUGGAUGUAAAAUUAAGUUCAAAAAUGUUAAAUGAGACACGGUGUCAAGGAAUGCUGUAUAGAGAUGGAAUUGAAUUGUGUCAUGAUAAGCCUACUCUUGAAUUACAUAAAGAAAAUUAUCAACUCAACAAUUCCGUUAAAACAAUGAGAGACAAAUUAGAUCAAACAAAAGCUAUGCAUAAUAUUCUUAUAGGACACUUGAAAAUUAUAGAAGUACAAUUGUGGAACAAGACUCACGCGUUAAAUGUCGACCAGAAAUGUCUACAGUACAGAGAACAACUAGACGACCCAGAUCGUAAUUAAGUAGAUGUUAUUAGACAUGCCGACACUCGAAAA